ACGUCGACUCGUGGCCCGUAUUUUACCUCGCGUAAAAGAAUGUGGCGUGAUCCGAACGUAGUGGGGGUCGCCUUCCAGAAAAAACGAAAAAAAUCGAAAGGCGUUCAGAACUUUUCGAGAUGUCGAACCGUCAACACAUGUGAAUGUACCACACCGGACAAUCAAGAAGGCAGGUGCCUUGACUACAGAAAAUGUAAACCUCUGCAAGAAAUAUGGCAGAUACAGUACCGUACAGCCACCGAUUUUUAUAGACGAUCAGUGUGCAGAUACCAGGGCAAUGUUACGAUCGUUUGCUGUCCGAACGAUCCAAACAAAGAGAAGAGAGAAAUUUUAAUAAAAACUGUGUAUAAGUAUAAGGCUUUGCGACCACCAUACUGUGGUUUUAGCAACGUCUCUCAUACCAGGGUGGUCGAUGGUAAACCAGCUGAACUUGGUACGUUUUAUGUCUUUCUUUCCGAUUAAUAAUAAGCCAUUUACUGCAAAGAAUGAACUUUAAAGGCAUUAAACAGCACAUCAAUGUACAUUUCAAUUAGACUAAAUAAUAAUGCUAUGAUUUUAUCGGUAGUAACUUUACUUAUCAACUUGAAUUAUUUCUUUCUUUUACUUCAUGUUAGGAAGAGUAUCUUUUUUUUUUUUUUUUUUUUUUUUUUUUUUUUUUUUUUUUUUUUUUUUUUUUUUUUUU